UCAUUUUGCCCUCUUCUUGUGGUUUUGUUUUGUGUUUUGUCGUUACAUGCAAAUUUACCUUGGUAGUGAUUGUUUUUUGUCUGAUUAGUGAUUCGCAAUCAUCACAUCGUUUUGAAAUAUAACUGUCACUGUCAAGGUUACAGUUAUUAGCGUUGUUAUUUAAUUUUUUAUUUUUACAAAAUAAACCUCCACUAUCACUGUGUUACAUAGGCCUAGGCUACAUUAAUUUAUUAUUUCAUACAACCUAACCUAAUUGUUGCAAAACAGUAUAUGACGCUAGCCUAGAAAAGAUUUAUACAUUUUAAAAUGAAUAAAUUAGUUAAUUUAUAUAGAUUGAUCGGCACAGUUUCUGUUACUUCGAUUUUCCUAAGCCUGACAUGUGUUGCUCAAAAAGAUGACUUUGUUAAAACUUAUUCCAAAGAAGAUUUUAUGAGUGAAGUCAAUAAGAGAAAUAACUUCGUCAUGUUUUUUGCUCCUUGGUGUUCACAUUGCAAGACAUUUUCUCCAGUGUGGGAGGAUUUGGCCAAAGAUUUAAGUGAGAGUUCCAAUAUAGCUGUUGCCAAAGUCGAUUGUACGAUUCAUACAGAACUGUGUUCAAAUCAAGACAUCACUGGAUAUCCAACAUUAAAAUUGUAUAAAACUGGAGCAGUUGAGGGGAAGAAGUUCAGAGGCAGUAGAGACGUUCCGACCCUGAAGAGGUUUAUAAAUGAAGAACUUGGUGACGAAGCUGAUCUGCCCAGCACCACCACUGAAGGGGUCACAGUCGGCCCUGUAGAGUUGACGGACGAUACAUUCCUGGACCACGUAUCACAAGGAAACCACUUUGUCAAAUUCUUUGCCCCAUGGUGCAGCCAUUGCCAGAACCUGGCUCCCACUUGGCAUGAACUGGCUGUCAGUGUGAAAGACGGUGUUACUGUCGCCAAGAUAGAUUGUACACAGAGUCAGAAAGUUUGCUCCAUGUUCAACGUCAUGUCCUACCCAACACUUCUGUGGAUACAGAAUGGAGAACAGGUCGAUGCUUACCAAGGAGAACGGUCUCUUGGAAGUCUGCAAGAAUAUGUUGCCCAGAUGUUGAAGCCCAAUGAGCAGAGGAAAACAGAGAAAACCGAAGACACUGCUGAUUCUGAAAAAUCUGUUGUUGCUCUUACUGAAGGCAAUUUCUACUCAAGCAUUGAAAAUGGUGUAACAUUCGUCAAGUUCUUUGCUCCAUGGUGCGGGCAUUGUAAAAGGCUGGCUCCUACUUGGGAAGAAUUGGCAAAGACCUUGUCUAGCGAAGGUAAAGUGAAGAUAGCGCAUGUCGACUGCACUCUAGAGGAAAACAAAGACCUUUGCAACGAUCAAGAGGUUGAGGGAUAUCCAACACUAUUUCUUUACAAAAAUGGAGUCAAAGUCUCAGAAUACAACGGUUCAAGAGUUUUGGAGGAUUUGAUAGAGUUUGUUAAACGGCAUUCAUCAUCUCACGACGAACUUUAAACAAUCGACAAGAUUGUUUAUUGUCACAACUUUAUAUCGUCAGCCACUCAGUUGUGAUUUCAAUUUUACAGAACUUUUACUGGUUUACUGUAGAUUUACACUUUUGUGAUCUUCUUAGAAGACUGAUUAUUCCUAGCGGACGUUUUAGCUUGCACACUUGUGUAAAGACCCCUAGUGAUUCGUCUUGCGUUAUUGUUCAAUCCUAAGAGCACUUUUGUGCAUACAUUGAUGAGAUGUACCCAGUAGUAUGUGACAUUGGGGGGGGGGGAGCUGAAAAUAUUGGUCAAAUUUCACUAUUUCCUAUAUGGAUUGCUGAGGGAGAGUAUAUAAUUUACCUCUGUCAUGAUAGUGAGAAAAUAAAAUUUAGUCUUUGAGACUAUUUUUCCCAUCGAUUUUUGUUCAACUGGAUAUGAAAAAGAGAUCGAUAUUUAAAACUAGGAACAUUGAUUUUUGUUAUUUAACAUUACAAUGAUACAUUUCUAUUUUACUUGAAUUUAAUGACAAAAUUUCUUUAUUUAAGUAUUUUCAAGCAGAUAGUUUAGUCUAUCAAAAUCAAGACACACCCCAUUUAUUUUAAUGCUGUUAUUAAAAGCAAGUACUGUACUAGUAUCAAUGUUUUCAUUUGGGAGUGUAUUUAAUAUGUACAGUUAUUGCAAAUUUAUAGUAAAUGCAAGGUUUUCUUUUUUAUGAAAUAUGUAUUGCUAUUUCACUCACUUUAAAUAAUGUAUAUCACAUAUUGUGCAUGCAAAGGUUUUUAGUGACAAAUUUAUCAAAUGCUUUGUAAAGAGAAGGUUCAGGAUGAUAUAUACAGGAUAGUACCUAUAUGUUAGCAAUAAUUUUUAAUUUGGUUGUGUUAAUACAUUAAGGAAGAAUGUACUAAGUGAUUGUGAAGUUUCAGUGUGCAAUGAACCAUUGACUUUUAGGUUUUAGAUACUAAAGUCGUUAUUAGUUUGAUUUUGUUUAAACUUGGCGUGCUCGAAAGAAACCAGUAAUAAUUUACCUUCGCGCACUCUGCUGGGAUGGCUCAACACAACUAUGAAAAAACUGGUGACAGUUUUAACUUGGGGAUGGGAUGUCCAGCUCUAUCCAUAGACAAAGAUUAAACCAAGAGGUGCUGUUCUAGAAUUUUUUUCUCAAGCAAAAGCUGCCAAUUAUUUAAGUACACAAAAUGUGUAAACAAGCUGUCAUGAGAUGAUUAUUUUACCUUCCGUGAAAUUUUAAACUAUCAGUGGCUAGAAAAACCAAUCGCAGCAGCUCACUUCUGAACUGGUAGAUAUACCCGGAUAUACAACCCGGUUAUUCAAGGUCUAUUAUUAAAAUACUGUAACAUAGGCUACAAGUAUUUUAAGUGCCAUAUUGUAUUGAAAUGCAAUGCCAUUUGUACUUAUUACAUUACAUUUGUAGCAUAGUUAGAUUUUGUUGUAUGAAGUAUGAUAAUAAUAACACCCUGUUUAAAAUUUGAACUUAUCAAAUUAAAGUACUUGACUUCCUUUCGAUAUUUAAUGCAGUAACAUGGUAGAUAUAUCAUUAACUUAUACCCACUGCCAACUAAAACUUUCAAAUUGGAAAUUUUGUGAUUGUGUUAUUUUGUUUUGUGUGUUAAGUAGUUAAUU